UUUCCAAUGGCUUUGCGAGGAGAUGAGCCUGAAUUUAUGAACCUAAGAGAAUGGGAUCGAAGAGCUCGAUUAAUCCGAGAAAACCCGACUUCUAGAAGGUUUUCUGCUUCAUACGUUGGAAGCUUCCGUGAAGAUCAUCACAAGUCUUCUUUUAGAACAAACUUUAACAACAUCUCUAGUACUGCUUCUUCUCCUGGCUACACUCUCAAAGAAGAGAUUGACCCAUCAACAUAUUCCUUCACCAAUGCACUCAAGGCGUUACAAGCAAAGACGAUGUUCAAUAACAGAGAUUGGCUGACACAAGAAGGGUUUGCGUUGAACUCGAAGUGGAACGAAGCAGAGAAAUAUAUAUGCAAUCCAUUGUCUGGAGAAGUUCCAAUGGAGUGUUUGUCUUCAAAAACGUUAAGUGCAAGAUCCUUCAGAAACUUGACCACCAUGUCUGCUCCUCUUCACUACCCUAAUCCCAAUCCAUUGAUGAACAAUGGUCAAAACAAACCCAAUAAUAAUCCUAACGUUAGAGUCAUUCACGAGGAUCUUUAUGCUCCUGAUCCUGUUCUUGUUCGAGAAAAGAAAGUUGUGGGGAUGAAACGAGAUGUGGGCAUUCAAAGUACGUCGGUGGAUUUGAGCUCCGGUAGCCCUAGUCCGGCGAAGACCCCUCCGAUCAUGGAACGGUCACUAAAACGACAAGUGGAAGCUAAUGAUUCGCCAGUGGAUUUCCAUCUCAAACUGGGAGGUCAACAAGAGGAUGGGAAGCUAGAUGAGAAAGAGGAGGAAGAAAAGGAGCAUGAGUUGAGUACAGAAGGAGGAGAAGAAGAAAAAGAAGAGAAGCAAGAGAUGAGUGAAGAAGAAGAAGAGAAGAAGGAUAAGAAGAAGAAAGAGAAGCGUGGAAGUGGAUGCUUCUCAUGGGUGAGAUCAAGACAAAGGCAAGCAAGAAAAUCAAAGUACAUCUUCCCAAUUUGUGUUCCUCAUCUUGUCAAAGGUUGUUGA